AUGACCCGGAUAACAGAAGAUACGACGGAGACUGCCGAGCAGCCAGUUGGACUGGUGCUGGCGCUCUUUUACGACGGCUUCGUCUGUCGUCAUAUGACCAAAGAAAAUGAAGGCGUCGAGGGCUUCGCUCAGCCUUACGAUGCUGAAUCCAGUUAUUUUCUAGCCUGUAUCGAUAACGGACGCGUCCCUGAAGGACUCCCCGAGAUGAUCGCAUGUGCACACUACAAUGGCAGUGUGGUCGCUGAAAUCCGCGACUACAGAGAGUUGCGAACCGCCUUAUGCCCACCACCGACACUACAGUCGAUGUUUGACCACUUCCCGGAUGUCCAUCCGAGUGAGUUGGAGACGCUCGCAGUGGACGCCAAGAGACAAUUAUUACAAGAAGAAGACGUUUUGCUUUCGUCUUCAUCGACAGAAUCGUCAUCUCCGCCAGAUGACGGACCGACUAGGACGCCAACUACGCGUUCGCGCUGGCAUAGUCGGUCGGAAACUUCUCCGCCAGCUUCAUUAUUAUCUCCUAUCCAGCGAAAAAGCGCACGGUCCACUUUAAUUGGUCAAGAAGAGACUGUAACCAAGCGUUGUAAACGACAUAUCCGGACCAAAGUGAAGGGAUCCAAACUGCUGGGCGAGCAUACGGCUCAAAUCACACCACUCCCAGCUACUCAAUUAUUCUUAUCGAAGUUGAAAGGUAAACGACGACGGCCAGACGGCAACGAAUUGCUGUACGGCAAACCUGCGUGGGUGACGAUCGCCCAUGUUGGAAGAUUUUUUCGUGCUGCUACACGUCUGGAACGUGAACAUUCGCGCUUCCUUCAUCAUGUAGCUGGAAGCAUGCGAUAUCUCGCGCGACAGCUUGGUGAUCUGUCCCGACCAAGUGACGUGAUUGCGGUGGCAAGUGCUAGAGAUAUGAGAGCAGCAGAAGACGAAGGACGGGAGCUGCGAGCGCCUGAUUGGGUGGAUAUUGAGGAACAAAGUCCCUCACCGACGAACAUCGUCGACAAUGCUAGCUUGAUAGGGGAUUACCAACCCACAGCUGCAACGCCACAUUUCAAUGCCUUCGACGAGGAUGGCAACCUUCAACUCCAAUCUGCUUGA